CAAAGAACUAUUAAUGGCAGAUGGUUUAGAAACAACUUUCAUGGAUUAUAGACAGGGUAAAGAUAGCAAAAUUUUCAGAGGCAGGCAGAUCUCUGAGUUCAAGACCAGCUGGUCUGCAUAGUUCCAGGAUAGCCAAGACUACACAGAGAAACCCAGUCUUGAAAAAAAGCAAAAACAAGGGCUGAAGAGAUGGCUCAGUGGUUAAGAGCACUGUUUACUCUUCCAGAGGUCCUGAGUUCAAUUCCCAGCAACCACAAGGUGGCUCACAAUCAUCUGUAAUGAGAUCUGAUGUCCUCUUCUGGUGUGUCUGAAGACAGCUAAAAUGUACUCAUCAUUCAUACACACACACACACACACACACACACAACUUUAAAAGAAAAAAAUUAUUACAGGUGUGUGUGUGUGUGUGUGUGUGUGUGUGUGUGUGUGUGUGUGAAUGUGCCGUAGCACAUUCAUGAAGAUCAGAGGACUUGAGAGAAUCGGUUUCUUAUUCCACCUUGUGGGACCCUGGGAUUGAAAUCAGGCCGUCAGGAUUGGGAGCAACCUCUAACCACUGAGCAAUCUCACCAGCCCUAAAUUAGAUAAUCAGAUUUUUUUUUUAGAUUGGCAACAACACUAUGAUUAUCUGAUUGAAAUGUUUCCUUUUACAGAGAUCCAACUGCUAAGACUGAUUCUCAGCGGGGAAGGCUUCAGUGUCCCAGAAAAAAAAUCAUAUAAAAAGGAGGCUAGGCAGACAGAAUCAUCGAAGUACUCAACCCACCAACGGGCGCUUGGUAUCCCUUUGGCUUUCACAUCCAAACAGGUAAAAUUCUUUGUUUUCCUUGCGUUGCUUUUAAUGUCGCUUGUUACUGUAUGUCUAAAGGGUAUUUUGCACUCAUGGCUCAGGUCAUCAUAGCCUUGUGAUGGUAUCCAAGGAAGCCUUGCCCUUGACUGAGUGCCCUUGCCACCCACCAGCCUUGGGAGAAAGCCAACCUUUGAGGAACCCAGCAGGGCUGAACAUUGGUUUUUGGCCUCAUUCCCAUCAGAUGAAAUUAACUUGGAAGCACGUUUUAUCAACUAACUAUACACUUAGCUGGCAAGGGGUCAUCUGAGCUAAGUGCCUUCCCUAGAUCAGUAUUUGGUUCUCCCUCCGUCUUGAGGCUAGUCCUGCCAACUGUAAUGCUUUAAAGACUAGAUGACAGACAGAAAAACCGUCAGCAGUGCCACAGGGUAGCAAAGUCAUGCAGCCUUUUCUUAGGCAGAGACACCUAGUAGGUGCUUCUCUUUUCAGAGCAGAUGGUCCAGCUCUAACCCCACGAACGACAGAGUUGAGAAAUAAUCUAUGAUGGGAGAUGCACGGGCAAAGUUUCUAUUUGGCAAGGGAUGAAUUAUGGGUUUCAGGGAACAAAAUAUGGACUACGUUACCACAAAGAAGUACUGAAUGUGUGGGAAUCAAGUACAGGUGUCUGUCCCAUGUCUAUGAAGCUAAAGUCAGGAAGAUGCCUCUGUGUUUCCUUGUCUCCAAACAAGCUGUAUGACUACCUCUGCAGUUUCUGUGGAGCCAGGUGCUGACCUCUUUGCUAAGCAUUCUUUACUCUGUGUCCUGAUGUCCCUUAGAAUGGACAUGAUGCCCAAACUGAUGGCCGCUGUUCUUCUGCUGACUGUGUGUCUGGAAGGCUGCUCCCCCCAGCACUGGUCCUAUGGCUUGCGCCCUGGGGGAAAGAGAAACACUGAACACUUGGUUGACUCUUUCCAAGAGAUGGGCAAGGAGGUGGAUCAAAUGACAGAACCCCAGCACUUCGAAUGCACUGUCCACUGGCCCCGUUCACCGCUCAGGGAUCUGCGAGGAGCUUUGGAAAGUCUGAUUGAAGAGGAAGCCAGGCAGAAGAAGAUGUAAAUGCACUGGCCCAGAAGGAUCCACAACACCCGAGUAUAACAUUCACCCUGAGAUUUGUGACCUGUUAGAUCUCUGUAAUUGUGUGAGCUUCAGCCUUUUUAUAGCCAGCAGCAUAGACUUCAUAAUAAAGUAAUGUGUGGUGGAUCAA